AGAUCGGCGGGUGAAUAAAAUAAACAAAAAUGGGCAACAGCCCGUCCACAUCCAAAGCCGCGAGCCAGUCAUCGUCACCCCAAGCGCCCUCGCAGCAUGAUCGGCCGGUGAGGCCGGACUACCACAACCCCUUCCCGGUGCAGAACCCCCGGGUUGCUGCCCCGCCAGAACCCUCGCUCACACAAGCGCAGGGCACCUCUGUCCAACCGCUGUCGAGCACCGGCAGCCGGCCCAAGCCGCUGCAGCCCCGACCCCUCGGCCCUGGCGCCUCGUCCGGCUUUUCGACCGCUUCGUCUUCCACCACCGCUGCCAGCUCCACGAAUUCUGCAAAACCGGUCGAAGUCAAGCAGCGCGACUCUGGCCCGAGCCAUGUGCCUGCCAAGCCCGUAGCCGUGCCCAACUCCCACAAUUUGCCCGCAUCGCCAAGAUCCCCGCGUUCCCCCCGGUCCGACGACAUCUACGAAUCUGCCCCCAUGCCGCACAGCAGUUUGCAGGACGUGUCGUACCUGACGCGCCCGCCGCGUCUGCCGCUCCCCAUUGAGGAGGAGCUCCACACGCCGGGCUCGCCCAUCAUCGCCCCAACCGAUGACAGCCAGCCGAUCGACGAUCUUCAGGGCCUGGACAGCGCCAACCUUACGCACCCAAUCUCGAACCUCAGCGACACCUCCGGGCUCGAAGAAGAGGAUGCCGAGGAGCUGUUGGUCGACAAAACGCGGCCGACGGUGCCGACGAGCCUGGAAUGGCGACACGGCGGCGAGAAGAUCUACGUAACCGGGACAAUAUUCCAGUGGAAUCGCAAGACGCGGCUACACCCAGUCGAGGGGCAGCCAGGCGUCUUCAGAGCCACCGUCAAUGUUCUCCCAGGGACGCACCAUAUCCGGUUCUUGGUCGACGGCCAGAUGCAGACGUCGCCCGACUACCCGACGACAGUUGAUUUCGGUAACAACCUAGUCAACUACAUCGAAGUCAACCCCGACGAUCUGCCGCCUGCCCCCGCCCAAACGGAUGGGCCCUCCGAGGUCAAGAGUUCUCAGCAGCUGCCGCAGGAGAGCCAACCCCCGGCUGAGGAAGAGGGAAAAGCUCCCGCGCCCAGGGAUAGGGAUGUGCCGCCGCCUAGUCAGUUCCAGAACAAGAUUCCAAAGUAUCUCCUCGAUCUGGACCAGCCCGAGGAUUCUCCCCUUUACCACAAUGCAUACCUGGCGACCGAGAAACUACCAAAUCCGCCCGCCCUCCCUGGAUUCCUCAGCAAGCCGAUUCUAAACGCGGCCACUCCGAGGAAGGAUGACAACAGCGUUCUGACCCAGCCCAACCACACGGUCCUCAACCACCUGGCCACGAGCAGCAUCAAGAAUAAUGUGCUCGCUGUCUCGGCGACAACGAGAUACAAGAGCAAAUAUGUGACGACUAUCAUGUACAAGCCCACGACGACGGAGGGCAUAUGAGUCUAGAUUUUCAGAGGGGCCGCAGCAACCCCUCUUGAGCGGCGGCGCACCGGGGAUCCAGGAGCAUCGGUAUGGUCUACAACCUGAUAGAGCUUUCUCUUUUUCUUUCAGUCAGCACAUGAGCCCUCGGUUAAGGAUUGAGGUCAUGGUAUAUGGAGUUUGCUUGGUUUUCGGCGUCGAGACGGAACGUCAGCGUCGGCGAUGGGAGGGCCAGCCAUGCAUGUAUGUUCACUAGGAGAUU